CGCCUUGGGAAAGGCGGCUGGUGGUGGGGGUCCGGGCCCAUAACACCAGCGCUCCAGCGCGGCCAUGCUAACAGUAUUCCGCUGGACUCCACCGCAGCUGUACGCGAUCCAAGAUGGCCGCCGCCUGCAUCGCUGUGUUUGCAACAUCCUUGUAGUAUCCUCGCUCCAGAGUACCACAUUUCGUGUCGAGCAGCUGCUUCAGCGUCCAUGUAUCCGUCCGACGUACCAGGGGCGAUGGCAGCGAGGGACCCAUCAGCGCGUAAAGUGCGCAGAUAGCCACGCAUAAAGGCGCUAUGAAGUCGAUGUGGGCGUGCCGGUCGGUGCGGCGGCUGGUGGUGGCGCUGGUGGCGUGGGGCCUGGCGCUGGUGGCGGUGCUGCAGCUGACGUCGGACGCGGGCGGCGCGUCUCGGCCCGUGCUGUCGGGGCCCAGCCGCCUGCUGCUGCACAAGAUGGCGGACGCGCGCACGGCGCGCUCGGAGCUCACCACGCAGCUGAACGCCACGGCCGACCAGCUGGACGCGCUCGUCAGCCUCGAGCCGCUCGUCGACAAGUCGGCCGCCUGGUCCGAGGCGCGCAUCGUCCAGGAGGUGCAGCGCCAGAUCCCCAGCCUGCCCAUCGCCUACUGGAACCGCCACAAGAACAAAGCCAUGUACUACAAGAACGAGAGCUGCGCCAAGUUCCCCAGUAUCUUCGAGCUCGAGUUCAACAACGUGUACUGGCAGACGCUGCAGACGAGCAACGGUAGCUUCCAGCUGUACGGUGCCUAUUACGACGUGCGCAGGUUCAGCAGGAUCGGCCCGGCCGUCCGUAUCCUGGGAAUGAUAAACAGGAUCGAGCCCACCGUCAAGACUUACUGCCAGUUCUGGUUCGAGUCUCAGAAGGAGCCGGUGUUCGUCAAGACUCUAGAGUACAAGUACGUAUGGUACAGGAAGUGGGGCAAUUACAAACAAGGCAUCUACCAGCCGUACUUAAUAGCGUGCCAAAUUCCGCACAAGUUCCACAAGGAGGUGCCCGCCUCCGUAUCUCUCGUCGAGAAGUUGUGCGACACCGCCACGAACAACCUGAGGGUCAUUUACGACCGGCCGGAGAAGAAGAAAGACUUCGCAGUCUGCGUCAAGGGCCUGGACUUCCUUCACGAGGACCUGUCGGUCAGGCUAGUGGAGUGGAUCGAACUGCUGGGCAUCCUGGGUGCGGACAAGAUCUUUUUCUACGAACUGCAAGUGCACCCCAACAUCAGCAAAGUGCUGCGUUACUACGAGAAGCAGGGCCGCGUUAGCGUCACGCCGCUGACGCUGCCCGGCGGCCAGCCCAAUGUGCCCGGCUUCCAGCACAUGUAUCUGGUGCGCAAGGUAAACCACAAGCGCCAGAACGAGCUGAUUCCCUACAACGACUGUCUGUACAAGAACUUGUAUACGUACAAGUACAUAGCGUUGCUGGACGUGGACGAAGUCAUCAUGCCCAUCAACACUGCCUCGUGGAGGGAGCUCAUGGACAUCGUCGAGCGCAAGUCGUUAGAGAUCAGAAACGAAACGAGGGCAUCCUACAACGUCCGGAAUGUGUACUUCCUGGACGACCUGAUCCACAAUCACGGCUGGUUCAAGAACAUUCCGAAGUACAUGCACAUGCUACAGCACGUGUACCGCAGCAAGAACUUCACGAAGCCGAACCAGUACGUGAAGUGCUUCCACAACCCGGAGCGCGCGCUCACGCUGCACAACCACUUCCCGCUGGCGUGCCUCGCUUCCGGCUGCACCUCCUACUCCAUAGACACCGGCGACGCGCAGCUGCAGCACUACAGGGCCGACUGCGUCAAGACCCUGAAGAAGACUUGCACCGAGUACCGGAAGAACAGUGUCAUCGACACUACUAUUUGGAAAUACAAAGACAAGCUGAUCCGCAGAGCUACCGAGACCCUGAGGAAUCUCGGCUUCUUCGACAUUGGCAGCAACAGUAUUAAGUAAUUCUGUUAAGUCUGCGUGUAAUUUAUUUUUCCGCGAUGAAAUAUUUUGCGUAUGGAGUGAACGCAGUGUGUUUGCGUGUGAACUUGAGUUGUUUUUUUGACUUUGCUCUUUGAUGCUCGAUGCGCGACAUUUUUGUGCUACGUAAAGUGGCGCACUGCGCACUGUCACGUACUUAAGUGAACUUGUGUUCGUGUGCGACUAACUUUUUUUCGUUUUCGUGCAAAAGAUUAUGGACUGAGAUUGAUUCCUAUUUAUCGACGGCAGUGUGAAAGCAGCUUAUUUUUUCGCUCGCAUUUACAUGCGAGAAACGCAUUUAUUUUUCUUCUUCGUUGAAUAAAGUCGAUGAAAUAAACGAUGUAUUUUUUCUCUUGUGAAAUAAAAGCGCAGCAGCUUGCAGUAACAAUUUUCUAA